GCUGACCAGAGUGUUGCCUGAGUGCAUCUUGCCAGGUAACAGGGCAGGCCAGCGUAAUGCCUGAACCUUUCACUUCCUCCACCCAUUUUUGAUAAUGGGUAUGUCUCUUGUUGUGUAGAUCCAGGGCAGGUAUCCACAAAAUGUUGUGAGUUCAUAAUUAACAUGGUGUGUCUUACCUAGAGAUGACACUUUACAGACCUUCUCCAACUCUUAACACUCUUCUCAUAGUGUCCCCCACGCCUCAAAGUGGAUGGUAUCGUAUCUUAUAUAGGGUUGAGAAUAUGUUAUCCCCUAAUCUCAGCAAUUUGUGCAGCCAUGGGUAUUUGCAUUCACUGUUUCAGUAGAGAGUUCCCUAGUAAAGGUCAAGUGUAGCAUUUGUCUAUGGUCAUAUUUAGAAGACAGUUUGAUGCUAUGUCAGCUUUGCUAAGCAACAUAUUGAGUUCCAUCCUACGACCAAACACUUGCUCUGGCAUUUUUUUAUAUUGUUAUUAUUAUUUACCAGGUUUAAUGUACCAGGCAGGGAAUCUCUUUGGAAAGAGUAUCCAAUCCAAUAAUAUAUGCUCUGUGACAUCAUAAAGUAAUGUCUGAUAAAAGCAAGGCUCUUGCUUGCCUAUUGAGGGAAUUAUAGUAGUAUAGAGACCAGUUGGAAUCAAAUACUCUGGGAUCUGGAGUAGUCAGUCAUAAAUUCUUCCUGGCAAACUGGAGUACUGAAGACAUCAAUAUUUCAACCCCCUCUAGCUAACACACACCAUUAUGUCCUAUCACAGUUGGAAGGGGGCUCUGGGCUAGGCCUCUAUCUACUGAGAAAUCCAACAAUUAAGUUCCCUCAUACAAGAAUUAUAGUAAAAUAUUUCACAAAUAACAAAUUGUAUACAUUUAUAGUGAUGUAGACAAUCUCUAGCAGAAGUACUUUGCAUUUCAUUUUGAAAAUCAGAUUCGUGAAAUUUAUAAGAUAAUUCCCUUCUGUUGUUCAAAACAUAUUUUAUGUAUUAGUAGCCUUUAGCUGAAAAGAAAAUUAAUUUUCCUUUUUAUGUGUAAUAUAGGAAAGUACAUUUGUAUAUUUAUUGAUGUGAACUGGUAAAACAUUUAAUAUGAUCAUCUAUAAAACUGAAUUUGAGGCUCAGGGUCACUGUGGUUAGCAAAAAAACUGAGUUAGUGUGUCUGUGGGAUUCCUCCCUCCUUUGGUUUCAGAGAGACCAUUACUUGUGUCUGGUAUGUGAGUCAGAAUGACUUUCUUUUGCUAGUAAAUGCGUGACAACAAAACCAGAAUGUAAUUGUCAGUGGCCACAACCUUUCCUUCUCAAAAACGUCUUUCCUGUCACUCUUAACCCUGCAAUGCUGAAAUCUGGGAGUGCUCACAGCUAACACAAUUAUAUUGCCAAGUUUCCUGAUAACAGUGAUUUUAGUAAGUGAAAAUAGAAAAAUGAAACAUGCAAAAUUUUUAAUUAAAUUUACUUAUUUUUGUAUGUAUUCAGGGGUGGGGUAGGGAGUUGUUAAUGUGCCUUAGUGCCUGUGUGGAGGUCCAAGGACAAUUUGGUUCUUCCCUUCUGUAUGUGAGUUCCUGGUAUGUACACUCGGCUCAUCAGGUUUACUGGAGAGCACUUAUAUCCCCUGAACUAUCUCACUGGCUGGGAGUGAGCACUUACCACAAUGGUGAAUAACGUAUGUAGCUUUUUCCAAAGUGAGACAGUCUGUAUUUACACUGCCAGAAUUCAUAAAUGGGAAAGCACAUGACAUGAGAGGUGAUUACUGUGAAGAGAAAGGUGUCAGCAGGCCAGUGUUCAGAAGUGCCAGCAUCAUCUGUGAGCUUUGUUAAUAGGUGAGAAUAUUUUGCUCUGUAAAGUCCACAUUAAAGUCAUGAUUUGGUGAAUUAAGGACGAUUUAUCUACCUUGAUAAGAACUGUAGACAUAGGUGAUACCUCCAGAAGUCCAGGAGAGCAUGGGAGCGUUAUUUGAAUGGAAAAGGGAAGACGUUUUAAAUAAUGGCUAUGUAGAAGGAAGUGCCAUGCUAAGAGUGGAACAAACAUACAUCACUAAGGUAUUGUUGAUUGUACUAGGGAAGGUAGAAAUAACCAUGAGAAAGAGGCCCAUUUAAACUAUGGCGGGAAGGUCAUUUUCGGGUUUUUGUUCAGUUAAGACAUCCGCAGCUGGGGAGUCGGUGCUAGUCGUGUCUUCCUGUGUCAAAUGCUGCGGAUCAAAGCAGACUAUGUUCCUGGAGCCUACAGAAAAGUGGUGGCUUCGCGAGCCCCCAGGAAGGUGCUUGGCUCCUCCACCUUCAUCACAAAUCCUUCAUCGUGUUCGUCGAGUAAAGCUGAACAUAAGCACGCAAGAGGGAAUCCAGUUUGUGUGCGCCCAACUCCAAAGGGGCAAAAAGGCACUGGAGAAUUCUUCAGGCUGUCCCAUAAAGACUCCGGAAAAGGGAACCGUGUUCCUGAAGAAGCGGGAUGCAGCAAACAGAAGAACAUGUCCUUUGCAACCUGAUCACACAGAUGAAGAAAAUGCAUAGUACUUACUCAUCUGAAUGUCUUCAGUUUACUUAGGUGUUCUGGGAUGUAAAUUUGAGUAGACAUGUUUGUUCAAUGGGCUUGUUGAAUAGGCAUUUAGUUAAGGGGGGGGCGCACUAAAAUUAAACCAUUCAAAAGCAACUGGCUAUAAAGGGGAGAAUUUUUAUAAUUUGUAAAUUAUAAUUGCAUACUUGAAUUUAUAAUGUCAUCUGAUGUGUUGCUUCUUUUACCCGUUAAGCUUUUUGCUAAAAUAUUGCAUGAUGUUCUAAUCACUAAUCUACUGUCUUUGAGAUUUGCUUAGAUCUUUGUUCUAAUACCAUUUUAUGGGAACUUGGUUAUUGAAAUAGUGUCAUUGUUAUAGCCUGUUUGCUUUAAAAAGUUGGCUUAGUCUUGUUCACAUUAAAGAAAUCAGUAUCAAUUAAAUUUAAUCUCUUGUCAUUUUUCAAGAUGGGGUUGCAAAGAGAAAAUGUUGAAAAAGUUAGUUGUAUAUUUUUUGAAGAAAAGUUAGCUGGGUGUGGUGGUACGCACCUUUAAUCCCAGUGUUUGGGAGGCAGAGGCAGGCUGUCUCUUUGAG